AUGGAUGACUCAAUAAUGGAUGAUUCGCCCUUCGAGGAUAACGGAGGCAGCUCUGACUUUGCUCCUGAGCCUGCACCGAAACCGAAAGCUAAGGCGGCCCCUAAGAAGGCUCCUGCCGCCAAAUCCGCCGCCAAAAAGACCACCCAGACCACAUUGAAGGUUAAACCCGCCGCAAAGUCGACUGCAGCUAAGAAGAAGGCCAAGGUGGACAGCGAAGACGAGAUGUCCGAUAUUCAAAUGUCCGAUGAUGAUUCCUUGCUCUCCCACACUCCUCCCAAGGCAAAGAAAACGGCUGCUCCCAAGAGAGCUGGUUCAAAACCUCUCGGUGAUGUCGAAAAUGAGUCACACGGAGGAGAGACUGCUGUUGAUGGCGUGAGCAAGAAAGGAAGCACAUCAGAGAAGUACCAGAAACUUACCCAACUCGAACACAUUAUCAAACGUCCCGAUACCUAUAUUGGAUCAACCGAACGCACCACACAGCAGAUGUGGGUGUACAACUCCGGAACUGAAGUUAUGGAGUACCGCGAUGUCUCUUUCGUCCCUGGUCUCUACAAGAUAUUUGACGAGAUUGUGGUCAAUGCCGCCGAUAACAAGCAGAAUGACUCGAGUAUGAAUGAAAUGCGAAUUACAAUUGAUCGCGAAGCCGGUGAAAUCAGCGUGUGGAAUAACGGCCGUGGUAUUCCCAUCGAAAUCCAUUCCAAGGAACAGAUUUACGUGCCCGAACUGAUCUUCGGCCACCUUCUCACAUCCUCCAAUUAUGACGAUAGCCAACAGAAGGUGACUGGUGGACGCAACGGUUUCGGUGCCAAGCUUUGUAACGUUUUCUCGACAGAGUUCACUCUUGAGACCCAGGACUCCAAUCAAAAGAAGAAGUAUAAGCAAACAUGGACCGAUAACAUGACCAAGAUGGGCAAGGCGAAGAUCACAGAUGCCAAGGGAGAUGAUUACACCAAGGUCACUUUCAAGCCUGACUUUGCCAGAUUCGGCAUGGAAGGCAUUGACGAUGACUUCGAAGCCCUUGUUAAGCGAAGAGUUUACGAUUUGGCGGGCACCGCCAAUGUGGCGGUCAAACUAAAUGGCUCGCGUAUUCCCAUCCGCAACUUCAGAAAAUACAUGGAGAUGUACACCAAAGCCAUUCGCAAGGAGCGCGGUGAUGAUGGCCCUCCCUCAAAGGAUGAGAUCAUCACAUGCAGCCCCGACCCUAGAUGGGAGGUCGGUUUUGCUGUUUCCGAUGGCUCUUUCCAACAAGUCUCAUUCGUCAACUCCAUCGCGACAACCUCAGGCGGAACGCACGUCAACUACAUUGCGGAUCAAAUUUGUACCCGCUUGGCUGAUCAGGUGAAGAAGAAGAACAAGACCGGAGCAACCUUGAAAGCUGCACAGAUUCGGAACCAUAUUUUCAUUUUUGUGAAGGCUUUGAUUGUCAACCCAGCAUUUACCUCUCAGACCAAAGAACAGCUGACGACAAAGACCAGCCAGUUCGGUAGCAAGUGUCCCCUUGAUGAAGACUUCUACAAGAAGGUCUUGAAGACUGAGGUCAUGUCGAAUAUUUUGCAUUUUGCGGAGCAAAAGGCUGACCAGAUCUUGAAGAAGGGCGACACCGGCCGUCGCUCGCGUAUGAACAACCCAAAGCUUGUCGACGCCAAUAAAGCCGGUACCAGAGAUGGUCACCGCUGCACCCUCAUUUUGACCGAGGGUGACUCAGCCAAGGGAUUGGCCAUGGCAGGUAGAUCAGUUGUCGGGCCGGAUUUGUUCGGCGUGUUCCCCCUGCGCGGAAAACUUCUCAAUGUCCGGGAUGCUUCUUUCGACCAGAUUUCAAAGAAUGUUGAGAUUCAAAGUAUCAAGAAUUUCAUUGGUCUACAGCACAAAAAGGAGUACACUGAAACCAAAGGACUUCGAUAUGGCCAUCUCAUGAUCAUGACUGAUCAGGAUCAUGACGGCAGUCACAUCAAGGGUCUGUUGAUCAACUUCCUGGAGGCACAAUUCCCCAGCUUGUUGAAGAUCCCCGAGUUCCUCAUUGAGUUCAUCACCCCUAUCAUCAAGGUUUGGAAGGGUGAUCCCAAGCACCCGACCAAGCAAAAGUCUUUCUUCACCAUGCCCGAGUACGAAGCAUGGCAAGAACUUCACAAAGAUGAACGUGGCUGGGAUCACAAGUAUUACAAGGGUCUGGGAACCAGCACUACGCAAGAUGCUCAGGUCUAUUUCCGCGACCUUGAUCGUCAUCUUAAGGAGUUCCAUACCAUGCAAGAGGGUGAAGCUGGACUCAUUGAGCUGGCUUUCUCCAAGAAGAAGGCAGAUGAGCGUAAAGAAUGGCUUCGUCAAUAUAAACCUGGCACAUAUCUGGACCACUCAGUAUCCAAGAUCACAUACACUGACUUCAUCAACAAAGAACUCAUUCUGUUCAGCAUGGCUGAUAAUCAGCGUUCGAUUCCUUCCGUUGUCGAUGGUUUCAAGCCCGGUCAGCGCAAGGUGCUCCACACGUGCUUCCGCCGCAAUCUAAAAAAGGACAUGAAGGUCGUUGAGCUGGCAGGUCAUGUAUCUGGAAUGACAGCCUACCACCACGGCGAUACGUCCCUUCAACAAACGAUCGUGGGUCUUGCUCAGACUUUUGUUGGCUCCAACAAUAUCAACUGCCUUGAGCCAAGCGGAAACUUUGGUAGUCGACUUCAAGGUGGUAGCGAUUGUGCCAGUGCACGUUACAUUUACACCCGCCUCUCUCCCUUCGCGCGUAAGAUUUUCCACACUGCCGACGAACCCUUGCUGGUGUAUGGCGAAGAUGAUGGGAAGAAGAUUGAGCCCGAGGUCUUCAUGCCUGUCGUUCCCAUGAUCUUGAUCAACGGUGCGGAUGGUAUUGGAACUGGUUGGAGUUCUUCCAUCCCCAACUAUAAUCCAGAGGACAUUGUGAGCAACCUCAAGCGACUCAUGGCUGGUGAGCCUACUCAGCCAAUGCAGCCUUGGUUCCGUGGUUUCACCGGCGAGGUUGUUGCCAUUGGUGGGGAUCGGUACAAAUUCAGCGGUAUCAUCAGGGAAUGUGGUGACAAGGAGGUCGAGAUCACCGAAUUGCCCAUCCGAACUUGGACCCAGGAUUUCAAGGACAAGUUGGAGGAUAUUAUCAAGGCAGAGAAGGUUCCCUCCUUCAUUAAGGACUAUAAGGAUUACAAUGAUCACACCAAUGUUCACUUCAUCAUCCAACUGGAUGAGAAGCACAUGAAGGCCGCCUUGACUGAAGGGUUGGAAGAGAAAUUCAAGUUGACCAAGACGCUUGCGACAACCAAUCUCGUCGCUUUCGAUCCCGAGGGCCGCAUUACCAAGUACGCCAGUGUCGACGAUAUUCUCAAGGAAUUCUUUGUCAUCCGCCUCAAAUACUAUGAGCGACGCAAGCAGUUCCAGCUUGCCGAUCUACAGAGGGAGCUGGAAAAGCUGAGCAACCAAGCUCGCUUUGUGCAGAUGAUUAUUGAUGGCAAAUUGGUGAUUUCUAAGAAGAAGAAGGAUGUCCUUGUCACUGAGCUGAAGGAGAAGGGCUUCACGCCAAUCUCUAAGGUGGCUGACGCCGCUAAGAUGGGUGAAGAUCAACCGGUAGUAGAAGAAGAAGAAGACGAUGAGGAGUUGAAUGAGAAGGAGACUCAAACGCUAUCGAACUCUUAUGACUACCUUCUGGGUAUGCCCAUGUGGUCACUGACCCAAGAGCGGGUGGAGAAGCUUCGUCGCCAGAUCGGUGAUAAAGAGACCGAGGUUGACGUCUUGAUUAAGCUGUCCAAGGAAGACAUCUGGAACACCGAUUUGGAUGAAUUCAUCAACGAGUGGCGCUUCCAGCUUGAGGAUGAACGCCGCCGUGCCCGCAAAUUGGCCGACUCAGAUCGUCGUACCUCACGCAAGCUAGCCACUAGCAGUGGUCGCGCCCCGGCUUCUCGCAAGCGUAAAGCUGCCAACGGUGAUGAUCCGGAUGACGAAGAUUUCGGGGGCCCUAAGACAAAGAAAGCUGUCGCUGCCAAGAAAAAGGAUCAGCCUAAGAACAGCUUGAUGAACUUCCUCAACCAGUCCUCCGUCAAACCAAGCCCAUCACCUGCGGCAGAUGGCACUGACGAUUCAGACGAUGAGUUCAAUUUCGACAUGGAGGUUCUUCCAAAGAAGAGCCGUGCGCCUUCAAAGCCCAAGACUUCGCCCAAAGAAGAAGACGACUUCAUCGAUAUCAACGAGCUCCCCCAAGCCUCGCGAGCCUCGACUCAGCCAGUCGAUGACAUGAUGGAUGUCGAUGAGGCCCCCAAACCAAAACCGGCACCCAAGGUGGCAGCCAAACCGGCUGCUAAACCGGCGGCGAAACGAGGACCAAAAGCUAAGGCCAAGAUCGAAGAAGAUUCAGAUGACGAUUUCUUGGAGAUUGCUAAGUCUGCGGCUUCCAAGCCUGCAUUGCCAUCCUCACGCGCUCGCAAGCCUGUGAAAUACUCAGCUCCGAGCGACUCCGACAGCGACAACGGUGACGAUCUUCUUGGAGAUGUCAGCUUGAUGGUCAAAGGAAUUGGUGGCGAUUCAGGCACAGAGUCUCGGCAGCUCUUUUCGGAGCGCCCCCGUUCUGAAAGCGGCGCCAGCGUGAAGACUGCCGCCAAAUCCUCUAUGGCCAAUGACGAUUUUGAUCCGGAUGAGACCGAUUACAGCAAGCUCAUUCCCCAGAAUUCCCCACGGCGUUCCAUUCAGGUCAAGCCCAAGGACAACAAGAUUGACGACAACGAUGAAGACGACGAUGAGGACGACGAUGAGGACGAGCCAGUCAAACCAACUGCUCGGGCCAGGGCUGCGCCCAAGGCUAAGACUGCACCAAAGGCUGCCUCCAAACCUGCCACCAAGGUCAUGGAUCUGGAUGACGACGAGGAGGAGGAGGAAGAGCCAGUCAAGCCAACUGCUCGAGCCAAGGCUGCUCCCAAAGCUAAGGCUGCUCCAAAGGCUGCCUCCAAACCUGCCGCCAAGGUCAUGGAUCUGGAUGACGACGAUGAGGAAGAGGAGGAGGAGGAAGAGCCAGUCAAGCCAACUGCUCGAGCCAAGGCUGCUCCCAAAGCCAAGGCUGCUCCAAAGGUCGCCGCUGCCACCUCAGCACCCAAGGCGCGUGGCCGACCGAAAAAGGAGCCAGCUCCCAAACCUGCCCCCAAGUCUGCUCCAGCGGCUUUAUCUCCGGCUGCUAAGGCCUAUGCUUCGAAACAAGCUAAGGCGAGCAAGAAAAUUGCAGAUGAUUACUCCGAGGAUGACAUUGACGCAAUGGCCAAUGAUAUUCUGGAUUCCCCGGCUGGCAAAGUGAAUGUGAAUAUUUCGGACGAUGAUGACGAUGAACCUGCUCCUGCUCCACGUCGCGCGGCCGCAGGCCGUCCGGCUCGUCGCGGUGCCACACAGCAGAAGAAGUCAUAUGUCAUUGAGGAUGACAGCGAUGAAGAAGCAUCGGCUGACGACUUUGACGACGACGAAGAUGAGAGCGACUAG